AGACUGUAUUUGGACAUGAAUCCCAUGAGAGCGCUGACAUGACAGACUAAAAUCUGAUCGGCUGAUUCUAGAGAUAGACAUUGAUUGGAUUCACAAAGUCCCUUGUAAGUUUCUGGACUUGGAUCACCUUGGGCUACGGCAUACCAAGGAAGAUCAUUAUCACCAAAGUACUUAUGGUCAUCCCUCCUCCCCCCCCGGGGCAAUGAAGGCAAUGUCUUCCAUCACGUACGGUGCACCUACAACUCUCCCUCCAUCGCCGUUUCAUAACCUCCAUCAUGGACCGCGCAAGUCUCAUCGCCACACUCGCCUCGGCAAAACAAAACUUGAAACGACCGAUCAUAACCCUCGCAAACUGCGACAACGCAUGGCUCAUCUCCAUUCCCAAACCUGCUGGGGCGGCCGACCCUUGGCUCUUUGGCGUCAACGAUGUCCUCAUCAGCUACUUCCUGCGACUAUCACUCAAGGAAAAGAGGACGACUCUCGAUGCGGUGACCGUCACCCAUACCAAUCCGGAUCACCUGCAUCAACCGACCCUGCGAACCUUCGAUCAAUCACUGAAAGUCUUUGCCGUACAGGACGCCGCAGCCACCAUCUCUGCAAUGAAGCAUUUCGAUAAUGUCCAUGUCCUCCCGGACUUUGUACGCGAUCAGGCGUGGCCGGCUACGCCCGAGAUGCCCGACUGGUUGUCCAUCUUCCGGCUCGAAGACGAGACCAAGAAGUACCCGAACUUGUAUCACGCAAUCGUUAUCAAGAUUGCAGCUGCGGGUGGAAAAGACGAAGUCUUCCUGUACUGCCCGCACGGGGUAGACCCCAGCAUCGUAGAAGCCGCCAUGGAGAUGAACCCCGACGCAAGUGUCCUUGCAAUGACGCACCCAAUCAACGAGGCUGCUGGCGUUGGAAUGAAGUCCAAGGGGUACUGGAUUCAUUGCCAAGAAAAAAUCCAAUACACAGGAUUCUUGACUUGGUUCUUCGACUAUGGAGACAAGACGUUGGAAAUAGGCUUAGAGGAAGAAGCCAAGGAAACCGAAGAGGAGCUACCUAGGCCCAACUAUGUGACGAUUUUGAACGGCGCAGGAUUUGUUUUGGCAUGAUAGGGUUGCGUGAAUGAGAUGAGGUCGGAGGUUGGCAGGUCGUCUUUGCGAAAAGUCUCUAGUGUUUGAAGCUUCAUCCCGCAAGCAACCACUUCGUAUCGGACUUUCCAAACACGCCAAACGAAGCACAAAUGAUUAGAAAGUAGAUACAAAAGAAAAAAAGAGAAAAAUUGGCUUCAACACGAGGCAGG